UUUUCCUGUAAGAGCAGUAUCACGAAUCAUCGAGAAAACACGACGAGCUGUAUGACACAAAUGCGAAUAUUUAAUGAGCAACUCCCAGUGGAAUUGAAGAAGGGAGCGUUCGUCUGGCUCAUCUUCCGUCAAGACCCUCCAGUUUAUUGAAGGACACCUCGCCGCGCAUAUCGUCCGGCAAUCAACAGGUCCACAUACAAAUGCCCGAUACGAUUAGUUUGCCUUCGAAGUCACCUUCCGCGAAACAACGGAACAUGGAGAAAUCGAGAAGUGUACAAUCGAGAAGGAUAAUCAGUUGGCCGCUCAAGAUGUUGCUUUGCCUAUUCGGUAUCUGGCCAGGCCUGACGUACGGCCUGGCCUGCAAAGCAUUUUGGCUGAUUGUAAUGGUCGUCGGCACGAUUCUUCAGUAUACGUUCCUUGUCAUUCACGCGCGCACUAUCGACUUUACCAUUUUUAUGUACGCGUCUGCCUUGACACUGGCGCUGAGCACGAAGUUUAUCAAAAUAGCCAUUUUCUGGUACAAUCAGCGAAGAUUCAACGAGAUGUGGAGGACGAUGUCGACGAAUUGGGAACUCGGCAGCGCUUCCACGAGCGCGAUCGAUAGCGCCGGGAAAAUUCACGUGUUGCGCCAUUUGCCCAACUUCAUCGUUGCGUUCAAUUCGAUAUCCGUGAUCAUGAAUUCCGCCAACACCCUCACGAACGGGAUUCAUUACGAUGAGGCUUCCAACAUAACGCAAUCCUACGUGGUGUGGAUGCAUCUUCCAUUCGACGUUAAUAAACAGUCCGUGUAUCUAGUCGUGAUAUUUCUACAAUUUUUCUACCUGCUGAUCCUUUCCGCGGGCGCCGCCACAAUCAAUUCGGUUCUCGUCAUUUUGAUGCUGUACUUAGGCGGUCAGGUCGACGUCAUUUGUAGAUGCUUGACGCACAUGCCGCAGGGCAAGCACGUGCGCAUGACGGACGUGACAGUGGUGAAGGAAAUAAUCCGUAAACACCAGAGCGUCAUUACCUUCUCGGAACAUAUCGAGUCCCUGUACACGUACAUUGCGCUGAUAUUGCUUCUACUCAACACCUUGAUCACCUGCGGCUUAGGUUUCAUACUUGUCACGUCGGUCGGAUCGCCCAUUUUCGCUAAGAUGGUCAUGAAGAACCUCAUGUUCUACUGCGUAAUUAACAUCGAGACUUUCGUGUUUUGCUUCGCCGGGGAGUACAUUAGCUCUAAGAGCAGAGAAAUCGGCGAAGCCGCGUACAACUCGCCGUGGUAUCAAUCCAAGUUUCACAGUCGCAUGAUUUUAUUUAUGAUAAUGAGGUCGCAACAUCAGUUGACGAUCACGAUGGGAAAGUUCAUGGACCUAUCGUUGGAACGAUUCUCCACUAUUACAAAAGCCUCGGCGUCCUACAUGUCGGUCCUGCUGGCGAUGUAUUGAGGAGAGAGUUCACAUUUUUCGUAAUAAUAAACACUUUGACUGAAUGUUAUCAGUUAUUAGUUAGGGAUUUGUAGUCAUUACUAGUAUUUCGAGAUUACCAGUAGUUAGGAAUUAAAGAGAAUUAGCACACUGUAGUUGAGAAGUGCCUUGUUUCCAUUCAAUUUCCAGCACGCAGCACAAUAGCAUAGCAGCUUAAUUAUAAAACGUUCAUUCGCGGCAGUCUUUUUCGUCGAUACGACCCUCUAACUUUUUCUCCCCAUAAGACACUUUUUCUCUUCGCUCCCUUCUUCGGAAUCGCUACUUCGGAAAAACUGGAGAUAUCUUCUUCAGUGAUCUUAUACAAUUCGCAAAUCGAUAUGCAUAUCGUAUGUAUAUUUAUAAAAACUUGAGUUUUUUAAGCAAAAUGGCCUUGACCGUAAUAUCGGGAUUGUCGAUGAGUUAGGAAAUCGUUAUUUUGUUCUUUAUAAUUUUAUA